AGGCGCAGCAUGUUGUAGAUAUGAAAGUAUGCAAGAAAUUCGACACGUGUCAGCUUUAGACGGAUCCACUGUAAAGGCUAUAUAUAUUCCUCCGAGCUCGAAAAUGUAUUCGCCCUCGUUUCUCCAAAUCUAUUUUCUCUCUCAUUCUAAGCCAGAGGCGGAAAAUAGAGAAUUGCGAGCGCAAUGCAAAGCAACAGAGAAGUGAGAGAGGAUUCCAGAGCUGCUGGUAGGCAGUUCGACAGUUCUGGUAGCUUUGGUUUCCCUGACAGCAUGUUCUCCAGCAUAUUCGGAGGGAAGGAUCCUUUUGAUGAUCCUUUCUUUUCCCGGUCCCAUGGGAGUUUGUUUGGAUCAGACAAUGUUAGCUCCGGUAAUCCUGGCAACGUGCAGCACACGAGCAGAUCAAAAGGACCAGUGAUAGAAGAGCUGGACAGUGAUGGUGAAGGUGCACCAGAAGAUGAGGAGAAUGAUGCUGGUAGUGCCUCUUGGACAAAUAAAAACCCACUUGUUGAGCAUCCUGAUGAUCAGGGCGAUGCUCAUGAAAAGAGUCCCAGAAAAACAGGGGAUGUGUCAUCCACUGCAAAUCAGAACAAAGUGGAAGCAAAGAAACCACUGUCUCACAGUGUGAGCUUCCAGAAGGUGACAUAUGGUGGGAUCAAUGGGUCGUAUUAUACAGCAACAACUUCUCGUAGGACAGGAGGCGAUGGAGUAACGUGGGAAGAGAGCAAGCAAGCUGAUCGAACAACAGGUCAAGCAGCACACAAGGUCUCCAGAGGAAUUCAUGAUAAGGGGCAUUCAGUCACGAGGAAGCUUGGUUCAGAUGGUAAGGUGGCUACGGUGCAGACUCUACAAAAUCUAAAUGAAGAUGAACUUGACGGCUUUGAACAAGCCUGGGGAGGCAUUGCAGACAGUCACCUCCAUAGUUGGAAUAAUACAUCUGAUUUUCCUAGAAUCUCAGUCGCUCUAAUUCUAUAUGAAGAUGGCUGAUAUCUAACAUGAUAUCACCGGAGAGGGUGCUCCGGGUCCUGUAUCUGAUCUUGCUCGUUGGCAUGCUCACACGUUCGAUGAUGUUCCGUGUCUGACAGGGAUCCAUAGCAAUAGGCUUGGGCCAUUGGCAUCUGGCGGAAGCUUCCCUGAUCUGUUCAGAGAGCUAUCGCAUGCGAACAGAAGCAGGAGUUUCAACCAGGACCAAUCCAGCAGAGGAAAACCCAAGAAAGUGGUUACAAUAAACAUUGAAUAAACAAAGCAUAAACCGUGUUAUAUAGCAGCAGUAGUAGUAUUAGUAUUUAAGUGAUUGGUCACGUUUUGUGCCCCUAUUAGUGUUUCCGUUGGUGAAAUGUUGUAGAUGUUAUGAAAUCUCUUGAACAUAUUUUCGGCCUUCUAUUUGAUAAUAAUUUCGUAUUA